UGGAGCGUGGGAUGAUGUCGGUGGUUUUCUCCUUUACGUGUCUGAGGUCCGCUGCUCCCAUCGCUGCUCACAGCUGAGGAGCUGGCUGGCUUUGCCUUGCCGUGUGUUGGGCUGGGUGUCCACCCAGUUCCCUCAGACUGCCGGCCAGUUGUUCUGGAGCAGGGCCCCCUGUAGCUCCACGGCACCCAGUGGGUUCUUAUCCCUCUGACGGGGCUUCCGCUGGCACGGCUGCCCGUGGACUGACUCAGCCGCUCCGCCUCCGUGCUCCACACCUGCUAACUGCCAGCCGGAAGCGCUCCUCGGCUGUGCUUGUCCCCGCUCUGUACUGUCUGUCGCCACACGCCUCUCCUUCCUCUCCGUAGAGUUGUUGAAAGUUUCUCUGUCCUGGCCUUUCCCUUCUUCCCUGUGUGGUCUGGGGUUUUUCUCUGCGUGCUUUGUCCCUGUCAUCUCUGCGGGUCAUGGAGUUCAGGAGAUGGCCGCCUGUUCCCAGAGUGACGUCUUGAACUGGAGCUCCUGGAAGCAUCUCUGGUCUGGUUUCCCCUCGGUGCUUGGGUACAUCCCCUUUGCAAAAGAGACGAGCGUUGUGAGAAGCUCACCCAGGUCUCUGUGGCCCUCAGCAGCAGCUCCAUCCGGGUGGCCGUGCUGGAGGAAAACGGGGAGCGCGUCCUCAUGGAAGGAAAGUUCACCCACAAGAUCAACACCGAGAGCUCCCUCUGGAGCCUUGAACCCGGGAAGUGCGUUUUGGUGCCCAUGGGCCUGCCUGCUUGGUCCUGACCGACAAGGCCCGCGGCUCUCUGUUCUGGCUGCUCUCAGCUCGCAGACACACAAACCCGGUGGAGCGGAGAGGAUUCCAUCGCUGCUGGGGGCGCUGGAGGUGAGCCUGAACAAGGUGGGCGAGUACUGGUGGAGUGCCAUCCUGGAGGGGGAGGAGCAGAUCGACAUCGACAAGAUCAACAAGGAGCGCUCCAUGGCCACAGUGGACGAGGAGGAGCAUGCUGUCCUGGACAGGCUCACCUUCGACUACCACCAGAAGCUGCAGGGCAAGCCGCAGAGCCACGAGCUGAAAGUCCAUGAGAUGCUGAAGAAGGGGUGGGAUGCUGAAGGCUCUCCCUUCCGAGGCCAGCGAUUCGACCCGGCCAUGUUCAACAUCUCCCCGGGGGCUGUGCAGUUUUAAUGACCGAAGGAAAGGAAGCCCUCGCCGGCGGGGAGGUGGGGCCUCAGCCGUGGCCCUCGGCUCCCUCCUGCCGGGGACUCGCUUGUCUGGUUCACCCUUGCCAUCCUUCUUUUCAAGGGGGAACCCGGCCUCCACGCUGGCGCUGCAUCUCCAGACUGUUCUAGAGCAGGGCGGGGGCCGCGUGGCCCGUGCCGGGCGGGUGUUCGAGAGCAGGGGGUGUCCCGGCAGGCGCAGCUCCGGCCCCUCCCGGCCCGUUAGCCACUCCCUCCCUCCGCUUGCUGCUCUUGUGCUCUCUGCUUGCUGUUCUCACGCUCGGGGGCGGGCGUGGGUGCUGCUCAGCUGUUGAAGCGUGGGCAGGGUUGUGCAGCCUGAGGGCCGAGCUCUGGGCCAGUUUGGGGCGAGUGCAGCCUCGCCCUCUUGCUGGGUGUGUUCACGUGUGGUCUUGCCCGCCUGCUUGUACGCGUUCACCGCCUGCCUCAGCCUCGUUGAGGAGCUGCGGAAACUGGGGGUCCUGCCGCCGGAUCUGGACGCUGGACGAAAGUGUCUUGUGGCCUCAGGUGCAGGCACGGCAGAUCUGUCCCUCUCCUGACUGGGCUGCUCUGCUCCCACCCGGCCUAGCACUUUUCUCUCGGGGGAUCUGGUUCUUGUCAGAGUGAGCUGGGCCAGGCACCCUCAGGAGACCCCGUGGUGUGUCAGCUGCUCGGUGCAGCCCUUGGUCCUUUCCUGGCUGAGGCCGCACUGCACCGCACAGAGCUCGUGGCUCUGCUCCCACCGCUCUCCCGGGACCCAGAGCCUGUGCGCUUCGCCAGGACUGUGGGGCUGCCCUUCUGGGCGGUUAACCUUGCAGGUCUCUGCACCCUGGAACCUGCCCUCGUGAGCUCUGUUCUCUGGGCUGGCGGAGGAAGGGGCCCUGUCCGGGGGGCGUUCUUUCUGGAGGCUUCCCCCUUCAACUGCAGAGGCGGGAGCUGCUUCAUCACAGUCUGUGGGGGCAGGUUUCUGGCUCACAGCGCCCUGUAGACACAUCCCUGGGUCCCUGGGAAGCAUUUGCUUGCUCUGAUGCCAUCACAGGAGGCCUGGACACCAGGUGGCUGGGGGAAGCGCCACCACGGGGGCACAGGGCCCUGCUGUUUGCACUUGUCACUGAGGCUGGUCGUGGAGCUGCUGGAGGCCCCUCUGCAGCGCCCUCAGGAUUUGCACGCCUGUCCCACGUGUGAAAGGUCUCACUGGCACGUGUCUGUGAGAGAACCACUCUCAACACGCCCCUGUCUCUUCCUCCCCUCCGCCACCCCCGUGGGGUCUUCUGCCUUGACCAGGCGGGGUGUAGUGCCUGCACCUCAGCUAUUUGGGAGACUUUGGGAGCUGUGGACUCGGUGGUCAGUUGUCUUCCUUUUGCCCGAUUUGAUUUCCAGUGUUGGCGUCUCUCCCCACCCCGCCCCCCGUAACAGCAGCUCGCAGGCAUCUGGGAGUGCCCGCCCUCGCCGUCGUGUGGGAGACCUCUGCCCCUCGCCGCCGGCCUGGGCCCUGGGGCCUGUGCACUCUGCCUGUUUUCUCUCUUCAGACCCGGCAGCAGCAGUUUGGCCACUGAGCUCUGUCAGCUGAGGUCCAAGGAAGUGGGGUGCACACCUGCGAAAUCACCCUGUCUUCGGUGUUGGUUUGCAAUAAAUCUGUAUUUAAGCA